UUAAUUGCAAUUGUUACAGGUUAUUUGAGGAAACGAAAAAAAAAUCUAGCGACGAAAAUGAGCAGCCAGGCAAAUAAAGAUACCUCGUCGUCCCCGAAUUCCACUAAAGAAUACAUUAUCGACUACAGCGGCAGCCUCGUCGAGGACAUGGCCAGCCUCUGCAUGAACGAGCCCUACUCGGACGUGGAGUUCCUGGUGGAGAAUCAGCGGCUGCCGGGCCAUCGCAACAUUCUGGCGAUGCGUUGUGAGUACUUCCGCGCUUUGCUCUACGGCGGUUUGGCCGAGUCGAACCAACGGGAAGUUCCGCUGGAGGUGCCGCUUGAAGCCUUCAAGUUAAUCCUGGGAUAUCUCUACUCGGGGAAGAUGACUCUGUCCACACUGGACGUGGACACCAUUAUCGAUGUGCUCGAUUUGGCCCAUCUUUACGGGUUGCAGGCCGUCGAGUCGGGAAUAGGAAACUACCUGCAGCAGAAUCUUUCUGUCAGUAAUGUGUGCACGAUCCUGGAUGUCGCACGCCGCAACAAUCUCAACCAACGGGCUGAAGAAUGCCUAGAUUUCAUCGACUACAAUUGCUCCGAUAUAUUAAAACAUGAUUCCUUCGCACAACUGUCCAAGGAAUCACUUGAGGAACUCCUGCGACGGGACAAGUUGGCGGCUCUCGAAAUUGAUAUCUUUCGAGCUGUAUGCAAAUGGAGGGACAACCAUCCGAGCGAGGACUUCAAGACGGUGGCUGCGCUCGUACGUCUCCCGCUUUUGACUGCCCAACAGCUGGUGAAAGAGAGACUACACUCAACACAAAAAGCCAAGACCAAAUGGCAUUAUAGAGGCAGGCCGGCGGCCUCCUGUUGAUGACGUGAAAAGGAGGCAACAAUAUCAGAGACUUUGCCUGGGCCAUCAUCAAGUUACUUAAGUGAUUUCAAUUUAGUAAAUUUUUUACUGCCACAAGAAAGAAGGCACACCUUGGAGUAGAGAAACUCUGCUGAUGGCCAGAAAUAACAAAUAUUUGGGAAUAUAUUCGGCAGUCGAGGCAAUAGAUGCUCUUGCAAAAUCACAAAACUAUCUUUGGAACAACAAAUUUCUACAUAUUCUAAAUAUGAAAACGUUCUUCGAUGAUACGAUACGAUAUAGGGCUCUGAUUCGGGACUUUCCGACUUGUAAACGAUAACCAAAAAGGACAUUUUUUCAACCAAAUAUUAUUAGUUGUAUUUUCUUUUUAUUUGUACAUAUCGCCAUAUUUUCUCCCUUAUAAUGGAGAGAUACCCCCCUUUAAAAGGGUAUGAUGAAAAGAGAAAACAAAUUACAUAUUAAAAGAUGACCGGGGGAACAACCCGAAACCCCGAACACAACGAAAUGAGAAUGAAACUUUAUC